AUGGACUCUAUGAAGACCGAUUUCACCAAUCGGAUCACUGGCUCAAGAAAGUUUUCAUCGAAUCACAAAACAUCCAAAUCUAACAACUCUGAUGGCGACAGCCCCAAUCAUCAGAUAUUAAUACAACGUCAACUAUUCAGAGAGUCAAAACACAGUUGUGUAUGUGUUGGUCAUGAAGUUCAUCCUAUGGAAAUGACUCAAGCCAUGAUUGAUCAAUAUUUCAAAUCAACAAGUAAAGAAAAAGAAAAAGGAGAGGAUGAUGUUGAUGAAGAAGAAGAAGAAGAAGAAAAAGAAGAUGAUGAUAAAGAAGAAGAAGAAGAAGAAGAAGAUAUGAAUCAAGAAAAUGCCAUAUUAGUAUUAGAAGCAAUUUCAAAAUUUUCUAUUAAAUUUGAAAAAGUGGUAAUGGGUGAAAUGGAUCGUAUAGCAAGAGACGAGGUAGUACUUGCAAAGGUCAUAGAACUUGGUAAACAAUUUGGCUUUAAAGUUGUUGUCUUGUUUCCUCCUUCAGAGUUGGUACUCGGAAUAAAAGAUCCAAAGAAACAUAUGAUCGACACUGUCAAUACGAUCCGUCAACACUGUGGAGUGGCAAAUCUUAAUCAAGAGCUUCUAGAAAAAGAUCCCUUUAUUUCCAACUAUGCCAACUACUUGACUCUGACAGAGUUGCCCACUCGUAGAAGCAUCUCUCAACAAGUCAUGACGGGUGGUAAAUGUCACGUCCAAUUCAACCCUGUGAUGUAUCCCCCAACAGUCUUGGGAGAUCACAAUAUUGACAUUAUGUGUAAUGCCGUCAAGCUUGACCGAUUGUUCCGAUCAUCUGUCAAGUAUGUAUUUUCUGGAUUAAAAUUAUCUGUCAUCUUAAAGUUUACUGGGUCUUUUCUAAAGAAUCAAACUAAAAGAACAAGAGAUGAUCAAGAUGAUGGUCCAGAAAGAAAUGAUUUAAGAUUGAAUCCUUUUCAAGAUCAUUCUCAGCCACCACCACAACCCCAAGAUUUAUUGGAUAAAAUAGAAUUUAUUAGAGAUGAACAAGAAUAUCAGAAAGUUCACGAUUAUGCAUAUGGUAAACAUGUAUUGUUAAUGGAAAUUGAAAAGAACUGGGGAGCCAAUAAAGAUGUAGCCCAAACCAAAGAGUUUUAUGAAAUCCUAAUGUUGACUCAAGAUCCAAAUACAAGAAAAUUCAUUCAAGACAAACUAGAUUCUCUCAAUAGAUACGUAGAGUUGAAAGGUCAAAUGGCUAGAUUGGCAGCUCUAAUGUACCGGUUUAGAAAUAACCCUAUCCCUAUAAAUGUUAAACCAAAGCCCCCAAUCGAUCAUAUUCAUCGACGAAUCGAAAGCACUCCCAAUCGACAAGGAAUUCAAUGUACAACGUGUCAAGAGUCAUUCCUCCCCCAAGACAUUAAAUCUCAUCUUGUAAAAUGUCAUGAUAAAGAUGGAAUGGUCAAGUGUCCAGUUUGUCAAAGAAUGAAGCAUUUGGAAUUUAUUCAAGAACAUAUAGCAGAGUGUGACUUGGUCAAGGAAAUCGACAACAAUCUCCCAAGCUAUCUUAAAGAAAAUCGUAUCAAUCAAGAGCCAGCAGGUGCAAUGGUGAGAAGAGCAGUCAAUUUGGUUGGUUUCAAAGAUAUUCUCAGACCAGAUGGUGAAUUCUUGAUUGCAAAUGCCAUUCGUUUUCUCGAAAUGGAAUACAAUCAUCUAUUUAUCAGCUCACUCUCUCGAUAUACAAUCGAACCUAGUAAUAGAUUACUUAUACAAGAAUUAAAAUCAAUUUAUCGAUUAGAAAAAUUCAAUGUAAAAGGAAUUUACAAGUAUAUAGGUGACCUCGCAGGCUCAGAAUUGACUCAUAUACCAGGUAUCCGAGUGCCGAGCAAAAGACCCAACAGAAGACCUGCUUCCAUGCGUACUGGACAUCCAUGUCUAUACAUCCAUUGCAAGAAAAAAGUCCGCAAUGUUUGCCCAGAUUGGCCAAAAUAUCGUGAUGCACCAUAUUGCCGUACGAAAUGUGCUAGGGCAAAUAGGGUUCCUUAUUCCAACCUGCUUGUAUUCCACAAGAACCUUUGCAAUUAUUCUUGGAAUGGAAGUCCUCCAUGUGGUGGUAGCAUUCUAGCCUAUGCAAGAUGCAAGACCAUGUGUUAUCGCCAUCAUCGAGAGGAACAAACUAUCCGGUAUCACAGAGACAAAGGACUGAAAACUAGAAACAAUGUUCGAUCGAAAAGAGUUGUGGCCCCAUUACAAGAUGAAGAAUUGGUUGAUGAUGAAUUCGAAUCAACUGAACAAGAUGAAUCCAUGGAUGAAUUAAUCAAUGUAAAUUUAAUCGAUGAAUUCGAAUCUAUUCAACAUGAUGGAUCUACAGACGCAGAGUCAAUCGAUGAAUUAAUUAACCAAGAAGAAUCAAUCGAUGAAGAUUUAGAUGUUGAUGUAAUGAAUUGA